GCGUGACUGCUUUGUUUACAAAUGGAUGACGGAGUGAAAUGACUCAGUCGUAAAAUAUUUAAAUUUCUGUUUAAAAACUUGUACAGAAUCAAAAAGAGUUGUAUUAUUUUGCUGUAAUUAACAGAAGGACAGUAUGAGUAAACAACCGGUUCCCAAACCAACUGGUACUAAACCAAAACAGACUACUGGUGCAGGUAGAGGUUCUCCUGCAGGAAGGGGAGCUCCGUCAGGUAGAGGAAAAGCAGUAUUACCACGAGGCAUGCAACCUAUUGCCAUGAAAAAACAAGAUGGAAUGUUAGUUCCUGAAGGAUACACCAUGAGAAAAAUUGAACCAGCCAAGAAUUAUGAUGUUGUGUCAUUUGCCAGAGCCAUGAAUCAAGAUUUUGCUCCAAGACUUAAGAAGUUAUUUGAUCCAGAAGUUGAGGCUGCCUUAACUGCUCAGAAAACAGGAAUCUAUAUUGGAUGGAGGUGCCCUGAGUUUAAACAUGACUGUCAAAGGGUUAAUGAUUAUUCCAAAUGUUUCUGUGGUCAUUUGUUGAAUGGGCAUGCAAAUUACACAGGAAAGAGUGUACAGGUACCAUGUCGACAAGGGGGAUGUAAAUGUAAAGGUUUUGCUUGGACUCCGUCCCGUCCUGAAGAUGUAGGGGAAUUCUGGCAUCAACGAAGAAGGGAUUUUGAUCCUAGUACAUGGAGAGCUAAAUGUCGUUGUAAACACACACAUGAAGAACAUGAACCUACAGGGAUGAGAAGGUGUAAAUCUAGAGGAUGUUCUUGUGGCCAUUUUGAUUCUAACUUUCUGUGUGCUGCUUGUGAUAACCAUUGGGAAAGACAUGACACUUUCUUUGAAACAGAAGAUGUCAGAAGACAAAAUGGACUUCCUGUUGGAACUGACUAUAUACCAUUUGCUGAAAUGCCAGAUCUGAGAAACAUAGCUUUGACAGGAGAUGAAAAUGAUGAUUCUAAAUAUUUGGCCUUGACCCAAGGUGAAGGGUCAAUACCACAAUCCAAAGGACCAAUGGGAAAUGAUACUCCAGUGAACUUUGGCGGAAGUAAGAGUGGAUUUAAACCUGUCUAUGAUUGAUUUAUAUUUAGAUUAGUUGCAAACUGUUUUUGUUGCCUAUAUGACAAGUAACAGAUAACUGUCAAAUCUCAAAAAUGACAAAAAUCAUUAAUACUAUAAAAGCUAAAGAACUGAAACCUUGCUAAUGGUAUUGAUUCCUUCGUGACAGGAAGUAAGGAGUGUGACAAUUUUCAAUGUUAUCCUCCAUAAAAUUUAUGAUUUUAAGAACCAAAAUCAUUUUUUCAUUUGGGAUACACAAUAGAAAAAAUGGACUUUGACAAAGUGAUUUGUCUAUGAUGUCUUUGCAGAACAAUACAACAUUAUUGGGCCAGAGUAUUAACCAGGUAACAUAUGCUUGAUAAAAUAUUUAAUAUUUCUCCUUAAGUAAAUCGUUAAUAGAAAGUUCAGAAAAUUUCAGUGAAAUUAUUAUAGAUCUUUCUUGUUUUAGAUUUGUAGUUGUAUAUUGUGCACUGUUAUAUCUUUUAAGUACUUUACAAUUAUGUUUGCCAGGUAUAUACAUUUAAUCAUGCACCUGCUUUCAAUGUAUUCAUUUUUAAAAUGUACUAUGCUAUUAUUUCCCUUGUUAAAUCUUUGUUAAGUGCAAUUCUGAGAUUUUACAUUAAAAACCGAUUUUACCUUAUUUUUUAUCCAGAUCACAAUCAUACAAAUUAUUUCCAGUUAAGGUUGCAUCUUACCCUUACUUUGUCAACCUCCUGAAUUUGUAUUUUCAAACUUUGAAGACCAUCUGAGGAAUAUUUCAUGCAGAAAAAAUACUGAAAUUCAGAUUCUUGUUUUUUAAAGUCUGAAACAAUGCACAUAGAGCUUUGUAACUUUUGUGUUAAAUACAUUUAAUAUUUGUUCACUGCAAAAACACUGCUUUAUUAUCUUUAUACAGAUUUUACAUUGUUAUUAUUAAAGUAGUUAUUUAUAUUAUUUUUUAUUAAAAUCUUUGAAAAAUAA